ACCACUGCUGCCAUUACACUUCCGGGUGGUGCCACGACUUUUGGCGGCCGCAGCCAGACCCUUCUCAAGGAAAACGGGAGCGUUAACAUUUAUAAAAGUGUAGAAGAAAAACAUUUAAGACACACAGUACGAACAGGUUUCUGGUUCACGGAGGGUCUGGAUGCGGUCGUCAUGGUGAAGGAUGUUCCGGAAAGUCAAGAAGCGCCACAGCAGCAGCAGCUCGCAGAGCAGCGAGAUCAGCACCAAGAGCAAGUCUGUUGACUCCAGUGUAGGAGGACUCUCCAGAUCGAGCACGGUUGCCAGCCUUGAUACAGACUCCAACAAGAGCUCAGGAAACAGCGCAACAGAGACAUGCGCUGAGUUUCGGGUGAAGUAUGUGGGAGUCAUUAAGAACUUAGAAUUUGAGAUGAGUAAGACCCUGCAGGAGCCUUUAGACCUAAUCAACUACAUCGAUGCUGCCCAGCAAGACGGUAAACUGCCCUUCGUUCCUGAAGAUGAGGAGAUGGUUCUGGGUGUGUCAAAGUAUGGGGUCAAAGUUGCCUCAGUGGACCAGUGUGACGUGUUGCAUCGUCACCCUCUGUACUUGAUCGUUCGUAUGCUGUGUUACGACGACGGCCUGGGCGCGGGGAAGAACCUUCUGGCUCUGAAAACCACAGACUCCAAGCAAGAGGAGUGCAGCAUCUGGGUGUACCAGUGCAGCAGCUCGGAGCAGGCUCAGGCCAUCUGCAAGGUGAUGUCGACGUCCUUUGACUGCUUUCUGUCAUCAGACAAGUCCUGAUGACAGAAAAACUUGUCGCUUUGGAUCUGUUGGGGAGGAGGUGAAAGCCAUUGAGGUUUCCUGGAGAUGAGAUCAGCUUCAUCCAGCAAUCGCACUAGAAUGGAAAUUAAAACCGGUCUCUUGGGGGUUGUUGAUUGGACAUCAAUGUGGGUUUAGAUGGACUUGAUUUGUGAUUUAAAAUAUGAGCUUCCCCAGAGAUUGCUCUCAGUUUCCUGUCUGUGUGAAUUUUAAGCUAAAGAAAAUAAAAAGUCUUGAACAUAAGUUCAUGGUACAGAGUGGAGACGUGUAAGCAGGUUAGGUUAGGUUUAUAUUUAUUUAAUGUGGUACUAAAAGCUACAGAAGGACCUGUCCAGCAUAUGAUUGUUACUGGGAGACACAAACCAGCAGCGAAACAGAUUUAAGUGAUGUUCCUCGUGUCUCAUUUAGAUCAGACGAUGCCCUCUUGUUUGUGUUUGUAAUCUGAUUACAGUAUUUGUACAAUAAGUCACUUUGAAGGAAAUUUACAACUUCUAUCAGUGCCUCAUUUUAUUUUUUAUCUGUUUUUUAUUUUUUACAUCAAGUCAUUGCUUUAGAGAAUUUCUUGGUACCAGAUCCUUUUUUGCCUCACAUUAAUUUAAUCUGAAAAUAAUCUGAUGUUUAGUUUUAUUUUUCCUCAGAAAGCAUUUUGGGAUUGGAUGUUUACAGCUCCUACUUUACUUGACUUACAUGACUUUUAAAUAAAAAAAUCUGGUACAGAA